ACUCAACCUGCAUCGUCAACAUCAUCGCCGCCAAUCUCCCAAACAAACCCGUGGUUUAGUGCCCUACGCAACGACUUUAACACCGCCCCCGCCCCGGAUAACAACAGCACUAGCCCCCCCUCCCCCCCUCGCACCAACCGGUUAUCCCAGCUCGUGCCCGCUCUCGCCCAUCCUCUCGGGCUGUCAACCUCGUCCUCGUCCUCGGGAGAGAGAGCCAACUCAGGAAUUGCAGCGGCAACUCCGCCGGCCGAUCCCCCUCAAGCCCCUGUCCACAUCGAUUCGAACACUGCGGCUCGAACAGCAGGCAAACCGGGGACCCUUCCGCCAGCAGACAACAUGACCCGAACGCGCUCCACCACCGCCGGCGAUACCGCUGCUCGCCACGAGGGGGGCAGUAGCAACUUUGACUCACUACCGUCAAUUCGGUUCAGUACCUUCUACGACCCGCGCGCUACCCGACCGUCGCUCAAGUUCUCGCCAAUCUCUCGCACCCUCCCUACAGGCAAGGAAGUCAUUCGUGUUGGCCGGUAUUCCGAGAGGGAUAACCAACCCAACGUCCCGCCAAAUACCCCCUCGGCAGCUCCCGUGGGUUUCAAGAGCAAGGUGGUCAGUCGGCGGCACUGCGAGUUCUGGUAUGAGGACGGCAAGUGGUACAUCAAGGAUGUCAAGAGCAGUUCGGGAACCUUUCUGAAUCACAUUCGCCUCAGCCCUCCUGGUACCGAGUCGAAGCCGUACCCUGUGAACGAUGGCGAUAUUGUGCAGCUGGGCAUUGACUUCAAGGGGGGCGAGGAGAUGAUCUUCCGCUGCGUCAAGAUGAGGCUGGAGUUGAACCGUGGCUGGCAAAACAAGCUGAACACCUUCAACAUGGCCACGCAUAAGCGGCUAAGGAACAUGGCGGCCGGCAAUGCCAACACGUCGGGGUCAUAUUCGCAAGACUGCUCAAUCUGCCUCAACAGCAUAGCGCCAUGCCAGUGUCUCUUCGUUGCGCCCUGCUCCCAUACAUGGCACUACAAGUGCAUCCGAUCCCUCCUCACCUCUCCUUCCUACCCCAUCUUCAUCUGCCCAAACUGCCGUGCUGCAGCCGACCUUGAGGCAGAAGUAGAGGAUCCAGAGGAUUGGGAGCAGCUCGACUCAGAUGAAGGUGCAGCAGCAGCACAGGAAGGAGCCUCACUACAACCGCCGGCGGCCGACCCCGAUAACCCGAAUAGUUCCGCUGCCUCGGCGCCGCGCUCAUCGAGGGAACCAGCACAUAACGGUCAACUCGCUCCACAGCAGCAGCAACAAAGACGACCGACCGAGCCAACAGACAUGGACCUGCUAAUCGAUCCCUCCCCUCCGCGGGAGCAAUCCCCACCGCAGCUCGACGGCGCUGUAACCCAUGGGGACGCGACAGUUCUGUCACACGCGGUCUCCAAUCCCAUGCCCAUCCCCUCCCCAGCCCAGCGGACCUUACCAGACGAUCACCGCGAAGCCAGGACGCCCUCGCCCACCAGUGCGCCAGUGACUAACGGUCACGAGGGCCCGAUCACACCGCGGAACGACGCCGGGCCGUGGGUGUUUGAUGGCAGCGGUGUAAGACUAAGUUCUGAGGGCGCUCGUCCCGCGGCGGCCGCUCUCAGCCAGGGUGGCGCCAACCACGCUGCGAGAAGCAGCCUCGAGGCCGCUGUCCAGGCAGCUAGUGCGAGGCUGGCGAUGGACAAUGUUGGCUCGUGAGUGGCACGCAUGACUGUGGUUGCGGGGAGGCCGUCAUCGAAGGAGCUCGGGCAUUGAAGGGUUGGCAUGACUAUUCGGCCUCUUCAGCGGUGAUUUCAGAUGGCAUGAUGUUUUUGAUUGCGUCACCAUUUUCCUUAGAGUCUAUUUCGCUCAUUUCUCCCGUUUUGCUUUUGGUGUUUUUCGGUUCUCAGUCGAGUAUAGCACAAAGGGCGGGCGCAUUGCACACAGCACAGUUGGGAGUUGACGGUUGGGACUGGUCUAUCUGGCAAAGAGGGAUAUGCACUUCCGAAGGACAGAUGGAAAUGUUACUGUCGUUCCGGAGGUCCUUGGGACUGGGGUUUGUCACAACUGUGUUACCUUGUCCUUUGAUGCUUUUCUAUACGCUUAUAUAUGUGAUUCUUAGUCCUCAGUGCCGCAUGAUGAUGCGGUGGAUGUUCUACUCCUCUCAGAGUAAGGUCGGAUUUUGGAUUUAAAGUCGUAUUUGUUCGCCAAAGUAGACGAACCUUUGUUCACAAUUAACGAGUGACGGCAGACAAGGGGACUGGGUGGCUUGAGGCGUAGCCUUCCUGACCACACAGCCCAGGAACCGUUCUCUCGAUCCAUUGGUUGCUUUCCACUGCUUUCUAGAACCUCACGCCUUACUAUAUUAUAUCGAUGUCAGAGGUGAUCAC